CUCUCUCAAGAUGAUGCAGAAACGGGUCUGUUGAACGAACACCUUCAAGGCAAAGUGUAAAACGCACCGCGCGAAUAGGCUCAUCAACCAGGACAUGGGUUAUGAAUUUUUCUAUAUUGAAGUACGCAAAAGUCAUAUUGGUCUACUGAAUAUGGAUUACCACAUGGCUCACGAGUCCUCUUAUGCUGUAGCACGGGGGUUCCGUUAUGGCACAGUAACGAAAGAAAUAAAAAGUCCAACAACACGACUUGGUAACGACAACAACUCCAUUACAUCAACUGCCUUGGAAAUGGCUUGUGUCAUUCCAUUCAACACCAUCAACAAAGCGUCGCUACCACUGGUGGGCGGAAAGGGUGCCAAUCUAGGCGAGAUGUUGAGUGCCGGAUUUCCCGUUCCAAAUGGCAUGUGCAUCUCCACAGUGGCCUAUGAGACAUUUGUCGCCAACAGUGCCUUUAUGAACGACUUCUUCCGCGACUUGCAAGAUCUGCAAGUGAAUGACUUGGCGCAGGUGCAAGAACUAGGGAAACGCAUCCGGGAUCAUUUGGAAACAGAACCUAUCCCCGACGACAUCCAACAGGCCAUCCAUGAGGGCUGGUCCAAUAUCGGUGAAGGCAAAUUCUAUGCCGUCCGAUCCUCUGCCACCGCCGAAGACUUGCCAUCCGCGUCUUUUGCUGGUCAACAAGAUACCUAUUUAAACAUCAGGGGAUUCGACAAUAUUCUGGAUGCGGUCCGACGAUGCUGGGCUUCAUUAUUUACCGACCGUGCCAUCAUCUACAGAGCCCGCAAUCAAUUCCAGCAUAAGGAGGUGUUGCUCUCUGUGGUCAUCCAAGAGAUGGUCACACCAGAAGUGUCUGGCAUCAUGUUCACUGCAGACCCGGUAUCUGGCCACCGUAAAUUAAUCACCAUCGAUGCUAGCUAUGGUUUGGGAGAAGCUUUGGUUUCUGGUCUGGUAACAGCGGACAUGUAUCAAGUUCGAGAUGAGAAGAUUGUCACAAAAAACAUUGGGUCCAAGAAACUAGCCAUCUACUCUCUUCCUGAAGGAGGAACCGUGACCGAAGACGUCUCAGAGGAGCAACAGAACGCUCAGGCCAUGUCGGAUGACCUGAUUUUGCAAUUGGCGACCCUUGGCAAACAUAUCGAAGCUCAUUAUGGCUGUGAACAAGAUAUCGAGUGGUGUGUGACCGCCGAGAAAGAGAUAUACAUCGUUCAAUCUCGUCCUAUCACAACUUUGUUUCCCAUGGUGGAUCCCCUCCCAACAGACGACGCGCUUCAUGUUUAUACGUCAUUUGGGCACGCUCAAAUGAUGACCAGAGCCAUAACCCCCAUGGGAAGGUCGGUCAUACGAACCGUCAUACCGAUUGGCCAUACCGUUCCAGGAGACGAAUCUUGUUGGGGUGUGUCGGCCGCUAGCCAUCUGUACCUCGACUUAACGCUUGCUUUAAGAAUCCCAAUGUUGGGACGGGUGUUUCCAAAGAUCCUUACGGUCGUUGACGAGCAAAUUUCUGCCGGCCUCCAGGAAGUGGUUCAAAGACCUGAGUUUCGUAACGUGCCUCCGCCCAAAGGGCUGAAAAUGACCUUGGUGCGUGCUGUUAUCCCUGUGGCUCGGCAAGUUUUUAUGGGCCUAUUCAUCAGAGACCCCAAAGAAGCCAUAUUGUAUGCUAAUUCCAUGAUGGAGGAGGCGGUGGCGAACUUUGAGAAGCGACUAAGCGAAGUCAGUGGUGCUGAGAGAAUACACUUGUUGCAGACCUCGCUUCAUAAUGUGUUUCCAUCUAUUAUGGGAGCGCUGGCCCCACAACUACUUCCUGGCAUUCUCGCUAUGAAAUUGAUGGAAAGAUUCUCAGAACAGUGGCUAGGCGAUGUCACCGAUGUCGCCAUCAUGCAUAGAUCUCUUCCUGGCAACGUCACAACUGAAAUGGGACUUCGUGUUGGCGACUUAGGCGACUGUGUUCGUGAACAUCCGGCGGUUAUGCAGUAUUUGGAAUCGUCCUCUAACAGCGAAACGUUUUACGAAGGGUUGCAGGAUGUCAAAGGGGGAAUUGAAUUUCAAAAGGAACUUGACUCGUUUUUGUCUCAGUAUGGCAUGCGAUGCCCGGGAGAAAUCGAUAUUAACAAUGAACGAUGGGCCGAGCGCCCGUCCUCUUUGAUCUCCUCUAUCUUGACCGUGGCAAGGAACGAACAGUCCUCGGGAGACCAUCGUCGCAAACACGUUCAAGCUAAUGUGGAAGCAGAGGAAGCAGCUCACCGAAUUGUGGAACGCGUUCGCAAUACACCUUGGGGAUUUCUUAAAGCUAUCCUUAUGAAACGAUUGGUAGAGGUGUUCCGAUAUCGCGCAGGCAUGCGUGAACAUCCCAAAUACACUUUAGUUCGCAUGCUUUGGAUCACCAAAAAGGUUCUGUUGGAGGAGGCUAAUACAUUGGUUGAAUCAGAAGCAUUACAUGCUCCAUCCGAUAUCUUUUAUCUUGGAUUAUCCGAGGUAGCGUCUUUGUUGGAAAAUACAUUCGAGGGCGACUCGAAGGAUUUGAUAUCACAGCGAAAGGAGCAGCACGCCAAAGAUGACACUUUACACCCCGUGCGUUUAAUGACCAGUGAUGGCGAGGUCGUCAAUGGUGCUCGCAAGUCGAUCAAUGCACCAGAAGGCGCUAUACUUGGAUCGGGCGUGUCAGCUGGCGUGGUUGAAGGCUAUGCGAGAGUAGUACUGAGCCCGGACAAUGCAGAACUAAAGAGUGGUGAAAUCAUGAUCGCUCCGUUCACUGAUCCCGGCUGGACUCCACUUUUCAACUCUGCCAAGGCACUGGUCAUUUGUGUCGGCGGAAUGCUCACCCACGGUGCAGUGGUGGCCAGAGAGUAUGGCAUUCCUGCUGUGGUUGGUGUUGACAACGCCACCGAUCUCAUCAAGACUGGACAAUACAUUCGAGUGGACGGCAAUGAAGGAUAUGUUCUUAUCCUACCCACACCGGAGGAGGCAUAACUUGGGGAAUUGAGAGGAACUGAACACAUAGGGGCCACGAUGCAGUGUUUUUUCAAAGUCUUACUAUGUUUAUGUGAAAGUUACUUAACACUAGGAAUAAUGCGCUUAAUUUUACUAUACUGAAGCGAUGACAUGAAAUGAAUAAUAAUGACCUUCACCGGGCUAUAAUUUGAAAGAUAACUUCCAUUUUCCAGCUGACGUGAAGUGGUGUGAGAACUAGGUCUUUGGGUAUAGUCGACGAACCCAAAAACAAUCGCUGCCGACCAUUUGUCCGUCAUGUAACCCGAUCUGGCAAAGCUCUCGCAAAAAUUCUUGACGUCGCAGGAGUACAAACUUUCAAACCAUCCGCACAAUUGACCGAUGCUAAUUACCC